AUUACUUCCUGUUUCAAACUUCCUUCUCCCCGCUGCGGCUACUGUGAAGUUCCCUCCGGUUUACGAGCAGAGAAGUUUCAACGGGGGAGACCGUGUGCCAGCUUCAAUUUUAGUGGCAGACUUUAAGACAGUCAACAGACAUAUUCCGGGCUCUAUGAUUCAACCAAAAGCUACGGUAUUUAUUUGUCUGCAGUCGAAGCCCAAAUCAUGGAGGACCCAAACAGAGCUCAGCGUAAAAUGUCAACAGCAGGGGACAGUUUGUACAAAGUCCUGGGUCUGGAGAAAGGAGCAACUCCAGAGGACAUAAAAAAGGCAUACAGGAAACUGGCACUGAGGCAUCACCCUGACAAGAACCCCGACAAUCCAGAAGCUGCAGAGAAAUUCAAGGAGAUCAAUAACGCCAACUCCAUCCUCAGUGAUGAAAACAAACGCAAGAUCUACGACGAGUAUGGAUCCAUGGGCCUCUACGCUGCCGAGCAGUUUGGGGAGGAGGGUGUCAAAUACUACUUCCUCAUGUCCAAGUGUUGGUUCAAGGCCCUCUUCAUGUGCUGCACUAUCUUCACCUGCUGCUGCUGUUUCUGCUGCUGCUGUUGCUGCUGUGGGAAGUGUAAAACUUCAGAAGAGGAAGACAAUUUUGUCUAUGUUGACCCUGAGGACCUCGAGGCAGAGCUCAGAGAACAGGAUGCAGCAGGAGACCCUGUAAUAAUUAUUCAGCCAAGCCCCAGUGACACUUCAGGUGAAAAUGCACCGAUUGUGAUUCAGCCUCACGCGACCAACGGCACCUCGAGCCCCUGAUCCAUCCGUAAAAGAGUGAGUUGGGUCCUUCAGAGUCUGGACUUAAUGAAACCAUAUUGUCAUCAGCGUUUGUAUUUUCAAAGUGAAUGAUGAUGUGUAUAAGUUAUGGUUUUGAAUGUGGUUGUUUUCCUCAGAGACUUUCUCUGACUUGCAGAAAACAUUUUUAUCUCAGAGGCAUUUUUGUUUGAAUGCAUCAAACAGCGACUUGAUUGUGCCAUAGUUAGUUUUUUUAAGUGCCAAUGGGUUUGUCUUUGAUCAAAUCUCAUAUUUAUUGUUUUGUUUUUUUUUAACUUUAUAUUCUUUGAAUCUGGACUGCAGUUAGAAAUGACAAAACCAUGCAUCAAGGCUCUGAAACAACUAUUUUUCACAUGCACUUUAAUAUCACACAUCCAUGUUUAAAAUCCUGAAGUUGCCAUGAUGGUCUGAGAACAUUCCAGCUCAAGAUGACUUUUGGGUCUGAAAUGUUUUGAAUAUAUUUUUAAUGCAACAUUAAAGGCUGGUUCAGGUCACUGAAGGUCAACCACUCGGAGACCUCGUAAACGUUCGAAAUUGUAGAAACAAAACAAAACAAAGGGCUAAAUGAAAUGAUUCAGUCAUAUUCCUCAGAUGUAAAAUGUAUUACUACACAAGGUUUGUUUUAAAUGUUUGGAUGUCAGCUGUCUCCACUGCCUGUAAAUAGCCUGGUGAGAAUUAUUCAAAUGUUGCUGAUAGAAAUUACAGGAUUGAUGAAACAUUGAGGGGAAACACACUCACUGUCUUUCUAGAAGGUGGAUUGGAUGAGAUUAAGAUUUCUGACUCUUUACAUCAUUGUACAACUCAAGAUAGUUGUAUGAUUGUAAGCCUCAAAAAUAUUUUGUGUUGACAUUAUUUUGUACUUCUGAUUGAAUCUGACCUCAACAGUAUUCACAAGUUACCUGUCAACGUUGACUACACCCACCAACACCUCUAAAACUCACUUCCUGGAUUUGUCAAGACAUCUCCAUUAUGACAUGAAUGCGGCAAAGAGUGUGGAGCUGAACCCAGGAGGUGAUUAGCCUAGCUUAGCAUAAAAAAAGCAAGGGAGGGGAUGCAAGCCCUGUUAAAAAAUAUACCAAAAUGCUAACAUUCAGGAGUCAUGAGAGAAAAUCUGCUCAUCUAACUCUUGUAAAGAAAAUGAAUAAAUGUGUUACCCAACAUAGUGAACCAGUCCAGACUAGUCGUGCUGCUGUUUCGUUGGCUGUUCCUGCCAUUAAGGUGACCUCAAGUUACAAUCAAAACAUUUUUAGGUACUGACAAACCUCCCACACCACUGUCAACAGCAAUCUCCCCACACGUGUCACUCAAAUCAGUACUUCUGUUUGCUUCACUUGACAACAAGUCAGUGAACUCACUUGAUUUUAUAGCCAAUUUUCCUGGUGUUCCUGAUCCAGAUGUGUCAAAACCUUUGUUUAAUGAUCUCUCUGUGGCGUCCGAGGUUAUAUAAAUAUAUAUAUAUAUAUCCACUAUAUGUAAUCGUGAUGUUAUGCUCAAUGUAAGAAAUGUGUUUUUAUGUAAAUUUAGAGAUAUAUUUUUAAUCUGAGGUUUUAUGACAAAUUAAGUGUAUAUUAAGAUAACGCCUUAAAUUAUGUCAUCUUUCAUCAUGUUUACAUUUUUACUUCUGUCUGUGCUGGGUGGAGGAGUGUGAUGCUUGUGGUUGAUUGGGUUUGUACAAAUCUGGUGUGUGUAUGUGUGUGUGUGUGUGUGUGUGUGUGUGUGUGUGUGUGUGUGUGAGAGCAUCAUUUUUAUCAUUUGAUCUUGUUUUGUUCUUGGACUACAAAGUAAAGUUUAAACAAU